AUGCCUUUUUGGAAGCAGAGCACCAUGUACUACGAGCCACAGCUCAACUAUGCGGUCACCAAGGUGAGUGAGACAGAUCGAGACCAUGUCUUUGAGUUGGACAAACAAACCGGAGCCCCAACGCCUGUCACAAAGCAGCAGCAGCACGCCGAAUGCGUCAGAUCAGCAAGCGUUGACUACGGAGUGCGUCUACGACGACUUCGGACGGAAGGUGGGGUUCACCACACCCAGUACACUCCCUACGGCUUCAGUCAUCUGCCUUCCACCUCCACCGGAGGCCCGUCUGUAGGAUUCAACGGGCUAUUACGCGACCCUAUCACCGGCAGGUACCACCUAGGUAACGGCUACCGAGUCUACAACCCGGUCUUGAUGCGCUUUCACCACCCGGAUCCAUGGAGCCCCUUCACCUCCCUCGGAGACCCAAUCAAUCGUGUCGACUCAAGCGGACACUUCGGUAUUCUUGGGUGGAAGUUCAGCUGGAAGGACCUGCUGGUGACAGUGGUGGGCAUUACCGCGUCCGUCGCAGUGGGCGCCUUGAACGGCGGGGCCAGCCUAGCCAUCCAGCUAGGCGUUUCGGUCGCCGUCGGCGUCGUGGCAGACUUUGCGACCUCCACAAUCUACGACGUCGCCGCGGGGAAUAAGAUCUCAUGGGUCGAGGUUGGGAUUGACCUGGCAUUCUCCGCGCUUAGCGGCCUGACCUUCGGGGUAGGCGAUGCCACAGCGCAAGCCAUCCGCAAACCCGCCCAGGCGGUUGCCAAAGCCGCCACCAAGAAGACAGCCACAAAGGUUUUCCAAGGGCUGGCCAAGGAUAUCGGGAAGAAAAUGGUCGUGACGGGCACCACGACUGCCGUCGAUAAAGCGGUCAUGGACCCGAUCAAGGACGCUUUGGCAGGAGAAAUACAAACCAACAAUACCUCAGUACCUUAA